AGAGUUAAAAACAAGUGUUCUGCUUCAUAAAACCGUGGCAACAUAUCAACAUCAGUGUGUUGUGUUUUCUGUUGGAGUGCAAAGUUCAUAAUUGUUAUUGAGUUCAAUUUCGUAAAAAUGAUAAAAGCAGGCUUAAACAGGAAUCUUUUAAAAAAUUCGACAAUAAAGGAUUAUUAUAGAAAUAUUUUGAGAUGCCAGGCUUCCACAUUGCCGAAAGCGAAGCCAAGUGCAGAACCAAAAGUUGAAAAUACUUCGUUUAUGGCUAAUAUAUUUAGAGGAAAUUUAGUUUCUACGCAAGUAUUUCCAUAUCCCGAUGUCCUCACAAUAGAGCAAAAAGAAUUAACAGCAAGCUUGAUUAAUCCAUUUGAAAAGUUUUUCUCUGAUGUUAACAACGCUGCUGUUAAUGAUGCAAAUUCUCAAAUUGAGGAAAAUACUCUUGAAAAAUUAUGGGAAUUAGGUGCGUUUGGAAUACAAGUUCCAAAUGAUUACGGUGGACUUGGCCUAAAUAAUACUCAAUAUGCACGUUUGUGUGAAAUUGUUGGUGCUAAUGACUUAGGUUUAGGAAUUACUAUCGGUGCACAUCAAAGCAUUGGGUUUAAGGGUAUUUUACUAUUUGGAACAGAUGCGCAAAAGGAAAAAUAUUUACCAAAAGUAUCAACUGAAAAAGUCUAUGCUGCAUUUGCAUUAACAGAACCAAGUUCUGGAUCUGAUGCGAAUUCUAUAAGAUGUCGUGCCGUGAAAAGUGCUGAUGGAAAAUAUUUUAUUUUAAAUGGUUCAAAAAUUUGGAUUUCAAAUGGAGGUAUUGCGGAUAUAAUGACCGUUUUUGCACAGACAGAACAAACUGAUCCUAAAACUGGCAAAACGGUGGAUAAGGUCACCGCUUUUAUAGUCGAAAGGUCUUUUGGUGGCGUAACUAAUGGACCUCCAGAGAAAAAAAUGGGCAUAAAAGCUUCAAACACAGCUGAAGUUUAUUUCGAAGAUGUAAAAAUUCCAAUAGAAAAUGUGUUAGGAAAGGAAGGAGAAGGUUUUAAAGUGGCAAUGAAUAUAUUAAAUAAUGGAAGAUUUGGAAUGGGAGCAACAUUAUCUGGUACUAUGAAAAUUUGCAUUCAGAAAGCGACGGAACAUGCUAAUAAUAGAGUUCAAUUUGGUAAUAAAAUAAAAAAUUAUGAAGCUAUUAAAGAAAAGUUAGCCCAAAUGAGUAUGGUACAAUACGCUACUGAAUCGAUGGCUUAUGCAAUAUCACAAAAUAUGGAUGACGGAAGUGAAAAUUAUCAUUUAGAAGCUGCUAUAUCAAAAGUAUUUGCAUCUGAAUCAGCUUGGUUUGUUUGUGAUGAAGCUAUACAAAUUUUAGGCGGAAUGGGUUUUAUGAAAGACACAGGUUUAGAACGUGUUAUGCGUGACUUAAGAAUUUUCCGAAUUUUUGAAGGAACUAAUGAUAUACUUCGUCUUUUUGUUGCUUUGACUGGUAUUCAAUAUUCUGGAUCUCAUCUUAAAGAAUUACAAAAGGCUUUAAAAAAUCCAACUAAUAAUUUGGGUCUUCUUUUUAAAGAAGUGACGCGACGUGCAUCAGCUUCUGUUGGCUUAAGAUCAACUGAUUUAAGCCCAUAUGUUAUUAAUGAACUACAACCUUAUGCCAAAAAAACAGCCUUGUGUAUUGAUUUAUUUGGCGAGGCCGUUGAAUCACUUCUAAUUAAGCACGGUAAGGAUAUUAUUCACCAACAAUAUGUGUUGAAGAGAUUGGCUGAUGCUGCAAUAGAUAUCUAUGCAAUGGUUGUAACGCUGUCUCGUUCUAGUAGGGCUGUAUUAUUAGGAUAUGAUUCAGCACAACAUGAAGUUAUGUUAACAAAAGCAUGGUGUAUGCAGGCUUCUGAACGUUGUGAAAAUAAUCUCAAAAAAACAUCUUCGAGUACGCAAAUGGAACUAAAUUCAAAAAUGACAAUAAUUGCGAACGAAAUUUUCGAAAAUAAUGGAGUAAAAGCAACUCAUGUUCUUGAUAAAUUUUAAUAGUUGAAUUUAAACGUUAAUAUGAUAAGUGUAUAUUAAAAAUAGAUAGAUAAUAGUUUUUAAUAGU